CCAAAAAUAAACAUUCCGCUGCUCUCCGCUGCGGGUUGGUUGGUUGUUGUGUUUGGUUGAUGGAGAUUUGUUAUUUGUUUCAAUUUCGCUGAAUGAGUUAUUUUAUCAGAAAUAUCAAUCAAGAAGUGCUGUAAGACAAUGGGUUUUGAAGUGCAUAGAUUUGAGGGUGAUGUCGAUGAAGAAUUAAUUUGUCCGAUAUGCAGUGGCGUUUUAGAGGAUCCAGUUCAAGCACCCCAGUGUGAACAUGCCUUCUGCAGUGCAUGUAUUCAGGAAUGGCUGUCUCGACAGCACACAUGUCCUGUAGAUCGCAAUCCAAUAACUCCCCAACAAUUGAAGCCUGUUCCUAGGAUUCUACGCAACUUAUUGGCCCGGUUACGAAUUGCAUGCGAUAAUGUUUUAUUUGGCUGCAAAAAAAUUGUCAAGCUCGAUACACUUAUGCAACAUUUGGAUGAGUGCGAGCACAACCCGAAAAGACCUGUACAGUGCGAGUCUGGCUGCGGAAUGGUAAUCCCCAAAGAUGAACUCAAAGAACAUAACUGUGUGAAAGAACUUCGUCAUUUAAUCAAAGAGCAACAAGAGAAGCUUGCAGAUUAUCACAUUGAACUGUCAGACUUACGUCGUUCACAGAAUGAUAAUAAAAGAGAAAUCCAAAUGUUAAAGGAAUACAUACGUGCUAUCCGGGUUGCGAACCCAAGUAAUAGCCCUUCUAUUCGUGCUAUUGAGGAUGAGAUUGAACAAAACGAAGUUCUACGAUGGGUUAACUCUCUGCCGCUUGCGAGAGUGACACGCUGGGGUGGGAUGAUUUCAACACCAGAUGCUGUGUUACAAGCUGUCAUUAAGCGAUCUCUGAUAGAAAGUGGUUGUCCAGCACAUAUUGUCACUGAACUGAUGGAAAAUGCGCACGAAAGAAAGUGGCCACCUGGCCUUAGCACUCUUGAAACACGUCAGAUGAACCGUCAUACGUACGAACAGUAUGUGACUCGUCGAAUACCAGGCAAGCAAGCAGUCGUUGUGAUGUCGUGUGAUAAUGCACAUAUGGGAGAAGACCUGACCCUUGACCCAGGACUUGUGAUGAUAUUUGCUCAUGGUAUUGAAUAAACUUCUGUUUAAUUGAAAUCAAACUGAUUCUGAAAUCAUGACAUUAUCCCCAACAGGUGUACCAUGGUCUUAUGUCAUCCCCUGCCAUGAUUGUGGGGUAUGAUUAUCCCUACCAUUGGGGUGAGGAUUUCCUUUCAAGAGUAAGGAUAUUUUCUGCACUGAGCUAAGGAUAUAUAGGGGCUGGUGACCUUAAAUGUGUGUUCAACUUCGACACAAUGAAUUUAUUAUAUCCAUUUAUUUAACUGUGAAAUUUUAUAUUAUUACUCUGUAUCAUAUGGAUUAUAUUUUUAUUAUAGAAGUUGAAAACAACCAAUUUCAGAAGUCAGCUUAAAUUCAUUAUCGUGUGUGUAUCUGUAGCACACAUUUGGUGCUCAUAUUAAGGAUGCAUCUUGUAAUAAUAUGACCAAAAAAUAAUGACAUACAACUAGCUCAUUAUGUACUACUGUAAUGCCAGUAGGUGAUGGGGUAAGGCAAAACUAAUAUUUAUGGAAUUCUGGAUGUCUGCAUUGUAAAUAUAGCUUAUGUGCUGCUGAAAUCAGCUACAGUAAUGUACAAUCAUUUACAAGGUAUUAAAAUACAUUAUUUUUGUGUUGGAAGCACAGUGGCGUAUCUAGGGGUGCACGGGGAGGCGAAUGCCCACUCAAAAAAAUUUACUCACACCCAACAGUUCCCCCCCCCCAACCAAAAAAAAAUCGUGCAAAAUUACCUUAUUUUGCGAGCUAGCACCCCUCACCUAAUCAUCGAGACCCCCACAUGACCUUGCGCUCCCCCAUCAGCCCCCCUCCCCUCAUUUCAAGACUCCAGUCCUAGUUAUGCCACUGUGGAAGCAGGCAUAUAUGAAGUUAAUAUAGAUUUUAAAAGUACAUGGUACAAACAUAUAGCUUCAAGAUAAUUAGUUGCAGAUGAAAGUAAAGCGUCCAUAAGGUUGUGUACAGUAUAGGGUAUUUGCUCAUAUGUGUCAAUAUAGUCAGUAAUAAGUUAUUUAAUUUUAAGAUUAUUUUUAUAGAUGGUUCACUUCAAGUGGGUAAGGCUGAUAUAUCAAACAGAAAUUAUUGAUACAAGUACACUGGUUUACUCAGAAAGGUAGUUGUGUAUUUGGUGUAAUAUCCUUUUUAUACUGUAGGUACAGGCAUGCAGGCUUGCAGUUAAUGUGUCCCGACAAUUUUAAGGAUAAUGUCAAUGGAAUAGACUGAAUAUAUUGUUUGCUGCAGGAUAAAUUUGAAUUACAUAUUGUGUUUAGAAGGCUGAUUAGCUUAGCAAGUUUAUAGAAUACUUACUGGUUGUUGUUAUUGAAAAGGUGCUUGCUUGACCAAUCAACUUGACUGUACUAUGGAGGUAUUGUUAUAAUUCCUACGAUUAUUAUACUAUGGACCUACAGGUAGGCUUCUUCUUGUUAAAUGCUCUAGUUUCUAUGCCACCAUCCUAACAGUAGUAAUAAGAGCUUAGUCUAAGCUACCCUUUGCACACAUGGUAAUAAUGCUGAUGAGGGUCCUUUGUGUUUUUAUCUCCAAUGGUACAGUAAAAAAUUUCAUGGUGGGCCAGUACCAGUAGUUAAGUUUUAUACCUGUAGAGCCAUGUGGGUCACUCAUGAAAUAGUCUGUAUUAUCAUUGACAGAUCCCAUAUUCCCCCAUGGUGGGAAUAUUUGGGAUGGCGAUCCAGACUGCCUUAACCCCAACCCCAACAUGGUUAGGACUGAGAGGAUACAAACAUGUUACAGGUAUGUCAGUGGCACCUAAAGAAUAGAAAUAUCACUUUCCAACUUAAACUUUGAAUUCAGUUCCCCCUCCUCCAGUUUUAAAAAAAGUAGCUGUAUGAGCCAGCUGCCCUACCCCUGAAUGCACCUGUGAGUUACUCCUAUAACUGGGAUUUUGCAAUUUAGGGCCAAUUUAUUGAGGUAGUUAAUAUAUAUAUGUUGGAUUAUUUAUUAUCAUGCUAUGGUUUAGAGUUAAAUGGUCAAAGUUUUAUCCUAUAAAUCAAAUACAAAUAUAUACAGUGACCCAUAAUAUGUGAAUACUAUAUUAGUGCCUAUUGCCUGAGUAGAUAUAUAAAUUUGCAUUAUUUUUACUGGUAUAGAUUACUAGUGCAUGUCCUUAUUGAUAUACUGGUGUUAUAGUACAUGUACCAGCAUUAUACUGAUACAUUGUAUUAAAUUACUAUUCACUGUUUUCUUCUGAUUACCAUUAUUAUAACUAAUUCAAUGGGAUUAAUUACGUAUACUUGAACCUCCUUGUACUUAUCAACAUGAUUAAAUUUAUUUAAAUUAAUUAUAUGUUCCGUUGUAUGAUAAAAAAACCAUACAAAUACAUAAUAUUAAGACAUAGUUUUAAAACAAGUUCUCGUGAUCUUGAAAGCUCUGAUGAGGGCAGUAUAAUAGAGGUAGUAGAGUAUAUUGGCCCUAACGGCCGCCCAUGCAAAAAAGAUCUAUUAAUCAAUCAGAUUAAUCAAUCAGCCAAGUGUUUCUAGAGCUCCUCACCAGAGCCAAAAAGGUAACAGGGAUGGUUAGUCAAAGUGAGAGCGAGACAUUGUAAACUUCCCCAGAAACUAGCCUCCAUGGUCUCACAGACGCCUAAAAAUUUUAAGCACCAACAAUUGAACUUGCAAUUCUGGAUUUACUCUAUGUUUUGCCAGGAUAAAAAUUCAGUGUAUCCCAGACAUGCAGUAGCACUCACCAGUGUUGAAAUUAGUUAUGCACUCAAAUAUUAAACAUGGUAAACAUGAUAUGUUAUGAGUACUGUAUAAGUAAUUAAGUCAUGCUUUUAAAUGCAUGAUAUCUGUGAUAGUAUCACACUGUACAUGAUCCAUGAAUCCUACCUCCUAUUUUAUUCAUGUUAAUUACAUUUUGUUGUAAAAUUUAAGUGCAGGAUGAUGUCAUUGUAAGUGCCCAUCAUAUGGUUUUCAAAGUUGCCUAUGCAUGAGUCUAAAUAUAGAUAAUUAUAUACCUCUCUAGCGAAACAUUAGCAGCUAAUAUGUUGCACAUUUCAAGUAUCAGUAUAAUUCAAAUUGCAGAUGCUGGUAGUAAAAAAAAUAUAUAUUACUUAUUAGGCCUAGACAGUUUGUGUAUUGUCGUUUACUACAAGUAAAAUUGUACUCUAUACAGUAAAUUCAACAUACAAUUGCUGACUAGAUCUGAAUAAACAUUAUAAUUAUGCAUAAACUAUCCUUCCCCAUUAGAGAUGUGAAUAAGAUGAAUCAGAUACUAAGUUGUGUAAUAAGACUUUAUUAUGCCUGGGGACGUACUGUGACAGGUUGGAAAGCAAUUUACUUGCCCAUAUAGGUAUAGAAAUUUACAAUUAAGGACUGAGUGGUGUCAGUGGAGAUAUAAUGCUUACUGUCAUCAAAAAACAUGACAGUUUAAUGUAUUUUUAAGAUAUAUUUCAUACAUGCAGUAUGCUAUGAUUAAUGAGUGAUAAUGUAUAUUGCUUUAAGGCAUCCAAUCCCGUCAAACCUAUGUACUGUUAUGAUUUUUUUUUUUCAAAACCCUGUCAUAUACUGAGCCAGUAGAGGUUCAUUGCAAGAGGUGUAGUUACUAAUAUUUACAUAUAUUUCAAUGCAUUGGGGAGCAUUGACUGAAUACAAUCUAAACUGUAUUAUACAAAUUUAGCUUUUUUUUAAGUAUGUGAUGUAUAUGGCGUCUCAAUCAGUAACAUUCGGAUAAAUAAAUAUACCGACAUUUUUUUA